CGCCUCUCCCUUUGAAUCGUCAAUACUCAUCAACCUCACCAUGUCCACCGAAAAGCGCCCUACCAUCCCCCUAGGCACCGUCCUCGUCGUCGGAGGCUGCGGCUUCCUAGGCUGGCACAUCGUCGACCAGCUGCUGAACUUCCCCUCCGAGAACGACCCCAGCGUCGCGCUGCCCAAGCCCUCCGGCGACCCGCGGUUCGAGUACCCCAAGCUCUCGGAGCGCUACCCGAAGAACGUCGCCAAGGUAGCGGUCGUGGACCUGCGCACGACCAACAACCGCCUGCCGGGCGCGGACUACUACGACGGCGACAUCACCUCCGUCGAGUCCAUGCUGGAUGUCUUCCGCGCGGUCAAGCCCGACGUGGUUAUCCACACUGCGACGCCUAGCGUGCUGGAUGGGAACAAGCCGUUGCUGCGCAAGGUGAAUGUCGAUGGCACGAAGACGUUGCUGGAGGUCGCGGGCGGCGCUCAUGGCGACUGGGGGAGCAAGUGCAAGGCGUUUGUGUAUACGAGCUCGAGCUCCGUUGUGCAUGAUACGCAGAGUGACUUGAUCAAUGUUACUGAGGAGUGGCCUUAUGUUCGGGGCGAGAGACAGCUGGAGUAUUACUCCGAGACGAAGGCCGACGCAGAAGAGCUCGUCCUGAAAUACAACCGCGCGUCGCCCACAAAAAUGCUCACAUGCGCCAUCCGCCCCGCCGGCAUCUACGGCGAAAAGGACACGACAUUCACAUUCAAGAUCCUCGAACACGCCUCGAAGGCCUCCCGCACAGUGCUGCGCAUGCAGCUCGGCAGCAACAACAACCUCUUCGACUUCACCUACGUCGGCAACGUAGCCUACUCGCACAUGCUGGCCGCCUACCGCCUCCUCGCGACCCACACGCGCUACGAGAGCGGCCAGGGCGACCUGCUGGACUACGAGCGCAUCGACGGCGAAGCCUUCAACAUCACCAACGACCACCCCGUGUACUUCUGGGACAUGACGCACGCAGCGUGGGCGCUGACCGACCGGGUCGUCGAGCCGCAGGACGUGUACGAGCUGCCGGAGGGUCUGCUGGGCCCUAUUGGUGGUCUUGCGGAGUCUGUGAUGGGUCUGUUUGGGAAGACCCCGCGGCUGACGUCGCGGAUGGUGCGCUAUUCGUGUAUGACGCGCUAUUACUCGUGUGAUAAGGCCAAGUGGCGCUUGGGGUAUAAGCCUAUUGUGCCUGUUGAUGAGGGUCUUGCUCGUGCGGUGGGUUAUGUGGUUGAGCGGGAGCGGCUGGAGGGACAGAAGAAGGGUCUGUAGGGGUGAUGUUUGUUUGUAUAAUACAGUAAUGUUUUAAUAUCGAUAUCAAUAUUGAUUGUGGCUCGUUGACUUUGUCCGGGCUUAGUUAUCUACCAUACUUUUUUUUA